AUGAGUCGCUUCGAACAGGAUAGAUAUAUCAACUAUGAAGAAUUGGACUCCAACAUUGACAGAGUCAGGGCGAAGCUGGGACGGCCUUUGACAUAUGCAGAAAAGGUCUUGUACAGUCAUCUGGAUGAGCCAGAUUCUAUGAAAAUCGAGCGCGGGGUGUCCAACCUUGAGCUACGUCCUAGCCGCGUGGCUUGUCAAGAUGCUACAUCACAGAUGGCUUUGUUACAAUUUAUGACGGCGGGCCUCGAUAAAGUUGCAGUACCAACAACAAUUCACGCCGACCAUCUGGUGACAGGCCGGAAAGGAAGCAAACUGGACUUGGCUGAAUCGAUAAAGACAAACAAAGAGGUCUUUGAUUUCCUUGAAAAAGCUUCACAGAAGUAUGGGAUCGGUUAUUGGGGCCCCGGGGCUGGAAUCAUUCAUCAAGUUAUCCUCGAGAACUACGCCUACCCUGGUGGUCUGAUGAUCGGCGCCGAUUCUCAUACUCCUAAUGCUGGUGGCCUUGGGAUGGCUGCUGUUGGAAUAGGCGGAGCUGACGCCGUGGAUGUGAUGUCGGGCCAAACGUGGAGUUUGGCAGCGCCCAAAAUUAUAGGGAUUCAGCUUACUGGCAAGCUUUCUCCUUGGUUGUCUCCCAAAGAUAUUAUCUUGUGUGUGACUGAUAUCCUCACUGUGAAAGGCGGUACAGGAAGUGUGCUGGAAUAUUUUGGCCCUGGGGUCGAUACUUUAUCAUGCACUGGUAUGGCUUCAAUAUCGAAUAUGGGAGCCGAGAGUGGCGCGACCACGUCCAUAUUUCCCUAUACUCAAGCGAUGGGGUCAUACCUCGCUGCUACUGGAAGAAGUUAUAUACGAGAUAGGGUACAAUCGCGACUCCACAAUCUUCGUGCGGACGACAAUGCAGAGUACGACCAACUCAUAACCAUUGACUUGUCAAAGCUAGAACCUCGAAUCAAUGGACCAUUCACCCCGGAUUUGUCAACACCGGUAUCUCAGUUCGGAAAAUUCGUAAACGAGAAUCAAUGGCCGGAACUGUCAGCAGGCUUGAUCGGGUCAUGCACGAAUUCAUCCUUCGAGGAUAUGAGCCGGGCAGCAAGCCUUGCGAAGCAAGCUUUGGAUGCAGGAAUCAAGCCUAAAAUACCGUUCUUGGUUAGUGUGGGUAGUGAGCAGACUCGACUCACCCUUGAGGAAGCGGGUGUCAUCGACACUCUGAGGAAUUCAGGAGCAACUUUGCUGGCAAACGCAUGUGGUCCUUGCUCAGGCUCAUGGGCUCGAGAAGAUGUCGAAAAGGGUACCUCUAACUCUGUGAUCUCCUCGUACAAUCGAAAUUUCACCAGCCGACUGGAUGGUAACAAGGAAACAAAGAUCUUUAUUGCAUCACCUGAGAUGGUUGUAGCAAAGACGUUUGCUGGCAAUCUGAAAUUCAAUCCUCUCGAAGACAGUAUCACAGCUCCUAAUGGCAAGGCCUUCAGAUUCGAGCCACCUUCUGGAGCCAGUCUCCCUGAUCAAUACGUAACUGCAGAUGGCGUUUACAAAGCACCUUCACAGAACGCUCAUCUUGGAGAGAUAUCCAUUGAUCCAGAGUCUGAACGUUUGCAGCGGCUUACACCAUUUCCUGCAUGGAGUGGCAAGGACUUUGAAGACCUCCCGAUCCUUGUCAAAGUCAAAGGCAAAUGCACAACUGAUCACAUCACACCAGCCGGACCUUGGUUUAGGUUUCGAGGACACCUCGAGAACGUCUCUGCAAACACCUUGAUAGGUGCUACGAAUGCAGAGAACGAGCAGGUUAAUUCUGUCUGGAAUCCUUUCACACAGAGAUAUCAAGCCAUCGCAAAAACAGCAAGAGAAUUUAAGGCGCAUGGCCAGCAGUGGGUUAUCAUUGGCGAUACAAAUUACGGAGAAGGGUCAUCAAGAGAGCAUGCAGCUUUGCAGCCACGAUAUCUCAAUGGAGUGGCAGUGAUUGCAAAAAGUUUGGCACGCAUCCAUGAGACAAACUUGAAGAAGCAAGGUCUGCUGGCACUUACGUUUGCAGAAGAAUCGGAUUAUGACCGCAUCCAAUCUCGAGAUCGCAUCAGUCUCGUUGGACUAGAAGAAUUUGCUCCUGGCAAGCAGAUCAUAUUGCGAGUACGACAAGAGAAUGGAGCGGAAUGGUUAUCCAAGUUGAAUCAUUCAUACACACCCGCACAGAUCGAAUACUUCAGACAUGGCAGUGCUCUAAAUUAUAUGGGUUACUGCACUAAAGAAGCAAGGAAAGCCGCGGAACUUUGA